AUGCCUUCCAAAGAUGAAGAUGCUGAAUUUGCAAAGGUACUUCCGCCGGCCGUUAUUGUUCCCCGCCUUCUCUGUUUUCAAUUCAGCGAAGGUUUGCUAACCCGGUUGUUUGCCGCUACACCGCAGGCCUACAGGGACCUCAUGGAGUAACCAGCCGAAUCAAAUUUUGUUGGGCACGUGAUUCUCGCUGACAAGCUCCUUUUUGCAGAGCUGAGAAGCAUGCAGCUACCCUGGAAAAUCAGUUGAAUUCGCUCGAGCACAAAUUGGAUUCGUUUCUAGCCGAGCAUGAGGGCAAACGUCCCGAACCCAACACCAACGCUUCGGAAAGCAUUAUCAGUGCAUUGGGAACGCGGUUAAAUGCUCCGCAAGGUAGUGAUUCGGAGAAAACUCAGAAGGAUUCUCAAUGA